UGUUUAUUCCACUCACAUUUGGGGCAGCUGCCAGGACCCGCCCCCACGGCAGUCACUGGAGGAACUGGAAGUUAAAUGUUCCUGCUAAGAAACGUUUUCUUUGACUGUUCCUACCUGGGUCUUUGCUGUGGUCUAGCCUGGGAGGGUCUAGCCAAGGUCCAGCCUGAAAAGAGAGCCAGCCUGUCACCAUGCCGGCUUGCUGCAGCUGGAAUGACGUCUUGCAGUAUGAGACAAACAAAGUCACCCGGAUCCAGAGUGUGAAUUAUGGCACCAUUAAGUGGGUCUUGCAUGUGAUCGUCUUUUCUUAUGUUAGCUUUGCUUUGGUGAGUGACAAGCUGUACCAGCGGAAGGAGCCUGUUAUCAGCUCCGUGCACACCAAGGUCAAAGGGAUCGCAGAGGUGAUGGAGAACGUCACAGAGGGUGGGGAGAUGAAGUCACUGCGCAACAUCUUUGACACUGCAGACUACACCUUCCCUUUGCAGGGGAACUCGUUCUUUGUGAUGACAAACUUCCUCAAGUCAGAAGGCCAAGAACAGAAGCUUUGUCCCGAGUUUCCCACCAGCCCCAGCGCAAAAUGUAAAUCCGACAGGGACUGUAUAAAGGGAUGGAAGGACCCGCAAAGUAAAGGAAUCCAGACUGGCAAGUGUGUACAGUACGAUAAGAACCGGAAGACCUGUGAGAUCUUUGCCUGGUGUCCUGCUGAGGAGGGGAAAGAGGCCCCCCGGCCUGCACUCUUGGGAAGCGCUGAAAACUUCACUGUACUCAUCAAGAACAAUAUUGACUUCCCCGGCCACAACUAUACGACGAAAAACAUUUUUCCAGAUCUAAAGAUCCCUUGUACCUUUCACAAGACUCAGAACCCUCAGUGUCCCAUUUUCCGACUAGGGGACAUCUUCCACGAAGCGGGAGAGAACUUCUCAGAGGUAGCAGUUCAGGGAGGAAUCAUGGGCAUUGAGAUCUACUGGGACUGUAACUUGGACAGCUGGUCCCAUCGCUGUCGUCCCAAAUACAGCUUCCGCCGCCUGGAUGACAAGUAUACCAAUAAGUCCUUGAUCCCUGGCUACAACUUCAGAUACGCCAAGUACUAUAAGGAAAACAACGUGGAAAAACGGACACUGAUCAAAGCCUUCGGGAUCCGCUUUGACAUCCUGGUUUUUGGCACGGGAGGAAAAUUUGACAUCAUCCAGCUGGUCGUGUACAUUGGAUCCACACUGUCCUACUUUGGCUUGGCCACUGUAUUCAUCGACUUGCUCAUCAACACAUACUCAAGUGCCUUCUGCAGGUCCGGCGUCUACCCCUGCUGUAAGUGCUGUGAAUUCUGUGCGGUCAAUGAGUACUACUACAGGAAGAAGUACGAGCUGGUCAUGGAGCCGAAGGCGACGUUAAAGUAUGUGUCCUUUGUGGACGAGCCCCACAUUCGCAUGGUGGACCAGCAGCUGCUCGGGAAGAGUCUGCAAGUCGUCAAAGGCCAAGAAGUUCCAAGGCUUCAGGCGGAUAUCAUGAACCUGUCUCGGCUGUCCCUCUCUCUCCACGACUCACCUCCCAUUCCUGGACAACCUGAGGAAGUGCAGCUCCUGUGUAGAGAGGUGACCCCCGGGCCCAAGGACAGCCCAGGCUGGUGCCAGUGUGGAAGCUGCCUCCCGUCAAGGCUCCCAGAGAAUCGCAGGGCCCUGGAGGAGUUAUGCUGCCGGAGGAAGCCAGGACCCUGCAUCACCACCUCAGAGCUCUUCCGGAAGCUCGUGCUGUCCAGACAGGCCCUGCAGCUCCUCCUGCUCUACCAGGAGCCCUUGCUGGUGCUGGAGGAAGAGGCCACCAACCGCCGCCUACGACACUGUGCGUACAGGUGCUAUGCCAUCUGGCGCUUCGGCUCCCAGGACAUGGCGGACUUUGCCAUCCUGCCCAGUUGCUGCCGCUGGCGGAUCCGGAAGGAGUUCCCCAAGACUGAGGGGCAGUACAGUGGCUUCAAGCAUCCCUACUGACAUGGCUGUCACACUAUGGUGGCUCAGAGCAGCUUCUCUUUGCAGACCGAGAGCCACAUUUUCAGAUAAAGGGAACUCAGGUUUCCUCCCGUGUAAGCUCUUUGUGUGUUGAAGACCCCGAUUAGAUCAACCUGCAAGCGCACAAGCCCUCUCCACAGGGAUGAGAACCUGGACCUGAGGCUGGAGUCUGAGCCUGGGCUUUAAAGUCUACAUAGGCUUCUCAUUUCCCAGCCUGCUUUCCCUGAACUAGCCUGAGACCAGAUUGAGACGAUAUAGGUGGAUGUCUUGUAAAAGUUUACAUAGCUCCAUGGAUGCAAAGGUCUAACCCUAAAAACAAACCCUUUGGGAUUUGAGAAUGCCCUGAGAGAUAAAAGAUGGGCACCAAUUCUCUGUCAUCCCCUUCCCCAAACCAAACCAACCCUCAAGACCCAAAGACAUUGUUUUCCCCUCCCCAUUACAGGCAGCUCUGGGCUCCACCCAGUAGUGGGUGUGUCCUUACAUCUAUUCUAGGACCUUGUUUUAAGAGGCUAACAUCUUCCACUUCCUGUCCUUGGACCUCUUGCUGAGGGGAAGCCAGCCCAAGUGGAGAGUGCACAGCCGCCUCUGCCAUAGGGAAACCCGAGCUGCCUCUGCAGCUCACCUCCUCUAAGCCCGGCCUCCACACAUGGAGAGAAGCUCCCUUCAGGUGAUUCCAGACCCUGCUAAUGUAGGACUGAAACUGCAGGGGACAGGCUAAGCGCCAACUGCGCAGUCAACCCAGAGGAGCACCUUUCCGUCUUAAGUCAUUACGUUUGAGGGGAGGGGGUUGGCACACAGCAAUGGGUGACUGGGACACGAGGGGGACAUUGAGGCCUGGAGUCACCGCAAAAUGCUCUCUUGGGCAGUUGUAAGAGGAUUCAUUAACUCAAUUUAGAAGCCAUCAAAUCUAACUUAUACAAGGUAUAGUCUGAUCCUCAUUGCUAUCCGAGGGUUCCAAGUGACUAUUGUCAGAGACUGGUAGAAGCCACCUCUGUGUCUUUGACAUCCUGGACUCGAGUGUGGAGGCUGUCUGAACACUCCUUUCAAAGGCAGCCCAGACGGCCAGGGGCAGAGUGAUUCCAGUGCGAGGCAGGAAGGCUGAGUUCCAGGUCAGCCUGGGCCUCAUGGCAAGACCAUGCCUUUUUUUAUUUUAUUUUAAAGAUUUAUUUUUAUGUUCGCGUGUUUUCCUGCACCGUGUACGUGCCUGAUGUCUGCGGUGAGUAGAGCGUGUCAGACCCCCUGGAACUAGAAUGGCAGGCGGUUGUGAGCCACCAGGUGGAUGCUGGGAACUAAACUUGUGUCCCCUGCAAUAGCGGCCAGGGCUCCUAACCUCUGAGCCAACUCUCCAGCUUCAAAACUACGUCGUUAAAAACAUAAAAUAAUCGGAAUCAUUAAAAAGAGGGGGGAGAGGAGCUAGAGGGUAAAAGUAUUAUUUUCUGCGCAAACAGGAGGACAGCAUCCACAGAAAGAGCUGGCUCAGAGGGGGAAGAACUUGCCACCCGAUCUGAUGGCCUGAGUUCAACCCCUGGAACCUGUGGGGGCAAAGGAGAACCAACUUCUAAAGGUUGUUCUCUGACCUCCACACGUGCUGCACACACACACACACGUACUAAUAAUAAAAUAAAUUUAAUUUUUGAAGAAAGUCAGUCCCCUUUGCUGUCUUCUACCCUUGCUGAGCAUAUGCGAGGACAGUCACGGGUUUGGGGUCCUGCCUUGUGCAGGACAGAGACUGUGAGGAUGGUCUGAGACCUUCACGGCUACUCCAAGACUAACCAGUGGGAGACUUUUAAAAGCUAGACGCAAUAAAUGUAAGUUGAAGGGGUGGGGCUGAGACGGCUUAAUAAUGACGGUGCUUGCUGACAGCCGCAGGGCCCGCCUGAGCCACACUGUGGAUGGAGAGAACCGACUCCCACAAGCUGCCUCUGACUUCCACAUGCGAACACUGGCACAUGACCAUCCCCUAAAACAUGAUGUAACUUUUGAAAACAGAGACUUCUCCUGUAGUGCUUUAAAACAGCACAGAGGAAACCUAUUUUUUGACCCCAGAGUUUUAUCUGGCUUUAAUUAAACUCAGGAAUCGUACCAGCUGCACUAGCUUUGGUUUUCAUCUCUCCUGCCUUUUUGGAGAUAUGUUUAAGAAGUGGGCUGUAGGGCUGGGAGGAGGCGGAAACUUUUUUUUCUUAUUCUCAAUAAAAAAAAAAUUAAAAAAAAAAAGAAGUGGGCUGUUUUUGACUUCAGAGUUGAACUUUUUAGUCUAAGGAUACUACAGGCAUUUGGUUCUGUGGCCUCAGCCUUUGUCCCGAUGCCUCGUUCCUAGUGUCCUCACGGCACCUUGUGGAGGCCUCAGAUAGUCACUAAUCUCUGGGCCUUCCCAGUGUUUUCUCCUGCUUUGGUCGCUGGUGCUCUGGUGAGGGGGACUCUCUACUUUGUGUAUAAAAUGACACUUGCUGAAGCUGGGCCCAUGUGUGUAUCUUACUGCACAGGUAAUGCCAUGGUCUGGGGCCCAUUUUGCAGGAUCCAGUUCCUUGCUGUUAGAUGCAUUCGGUUCUGUCCACUACCCAGUACUCAUGCCUUCUUCCGGCAGAAGGGAGAGAUGCUUCUUGACACAGAUGGCCGACUUCAUGCAAAACCUGAGAUGGAUCUGUUUCUCUCUUUCAAGGGAGCCAUCUUCUAAGCCUUUCCUAAUUUCAGGUUGGCAAUGUAAGUUUUCCUAACUGUUUUAGUAAUAAAAAUUGAUUUAAAUUCA